UAUCAUCACGGGAAAGCUGCAAACUGUGCAAAUGUACAGUGUUAAUGAAUACUAUUAACAUACUACUAGAAUGGGCCAGGUAAUCAAGUGGCGGUCAAAAUAUAUAUUGUUGAGUGUGUUGUUAUGAGGGGGGCAUCGGCGCAAGAGGGCAAAGUGUGUUCAGUCGAAAAAAAUAAAGAUGUAUAUUUUACCGUAAAUUACAUAAUUUCUGACAGACUCUCCUCUCAGUCACGUGGGAGAGGGGAGGAUUUUUGGGGACGUAUCUGAUUGGUUGCAAACCUGUUCUGUAUAGUUAUUUCAGGAGCUCCUGUUCCUGGCGAGUUCGAAUCGCUUUUGCACUGAAGGGUAUAGAAUAUGAGCAAGAAGCAGUUAAUCUUAUAAAGGACGGAGGGCAACAGCAAUCAGAGAAGUACAAGGCAUUGAACCCUAUGCAACAGGUGCCAGCACUCUGCAUCGAUGGAAUCACAAUCUCCCAGUCGCUGGCGAUAAUUCAGUAUCUUGAAGACACCAGACCCGGCCCACAUCUUCUACCUCAGGACCCGAAGAUGAGAGCCCAGGUGCGGAUGAUUUGUGAUCACAUCGCCUCUGGUAUUCAGCCACUACAGAACCUCUCUGUAUUACAAAAAAUAGGUGCGGAAAAGGUGGAGUGGGCACAACAUUUCAUUGUCCGCGGAUUUCAAGCUCUUGAGGUCAUCCUUCUGCAGACAGCGGGGCGGUACUGUGUUGGUGAUGAGAUUUCAAUGGCAGACAUUUGUUUGGUUCCACAGGUUUAUAACGCUGAGAGGUUUAAGGUUGACCUGACACCUUUCCCAACUAUAAAGAGAUUAAACGAGACCCUGAUCGUGAUGGAAGCGUUUCAAGCAAGUCACCCCUCACGCCAGCCUGACACCCCAGCAGACCUUCAAGUGUGAGAGCAACACAAACCAGCCACGAACGCUUCAGAUGCACCAGCGCAACAAGCACACUUUAUUGUUCAAGAUGAUAAGAUUACAUUAUGAUCUCUUAGACAAGGGGGGGGAGAGAUUUUCUGUUUCAUCAUAUACCAUGGUUAAUAAAGUAAUGUGAAAAUGA